ACGUAUAAGAGGCAGGCCAUGCUGGGUGCCCGGCAGCAGCAUCUGCACAGCUGGGUCAUAGGCGGAGUGUCCGGAACAGCGCAGUACGGCGUUUGCAGCAGAGAUGGCCGAUCACGCCUUUGUCACCCUUGCAACAAACGAUACCUAUGUGAAAGGAGCACUAGUAUUGGGAUCAUCUCUGCGGAAACACAAUACUACAAAAAAGCUGGCUGUUCUCAUAACGCCUCAGGUCUCAGACUCUGUGAGAAAAGUACUGGACAAAGUAUAUGAUAAUGUCCGAGUGGUAGAUGUCUUGGACAGUGAGGAUUCUGCACACCUGGCUUUAAUGGAGAGGCCUGAACUCGGGGUUACAUUGACGAAAAUUCACUGUUGGACACUAACAGAAUACACAAAAUGUGUCUUUAUGGAUGCAGAUACUAUGGUCUUGUCUAAUGUUGAUGAGCUAUUUGAGCGGGAAGAGCUGUCUGCAGCACCAGACCCAGGUUGGCCUGACUGCUUUAACUCAGGAGUGUUUGUAUAUAGCCCAUCCACUGAAACCUACAACCAGCUGUUACAGAUGGCUUCAGAAAAAGGCAGCUUCGAUGGUGGAGACCAAGGCUUGCUGAACAGCUUCUUCAAUACCUGGGCUACAAAGGAUAUAAACAAGCAUCUACCCUUUAUUUACAACUUGAGCUCUGUAUGUAUAUACUCCUAUCUACCAGCAUUUAAGGCGUUUGGAGCAAAUGCAAAGGUUGUGCACUUCCUUGGAAAAGUGAAGCCAUGGAACUUUACAUAUGACAGUAAAACAAAGACUGUAAAAGGAGAUGGCCAUGAUAAAACACUCAUUCACCCAGAAUUCCUCAACCUCUGGUGGGACACCUACACUUCCAGAAUUCUAUCACUCCUAACAGAACAUGGUGUGGUUAAAGAUGUAUCAAUUGGCCUUAAAGCGGAGGAAAUUACAGAAGCGGUGUCACAGAUGUCUAUAGCAGCACCAGCACCUCCACCUCUAUCUUCAGAAGAACGCAGGGAGCGAUGGGAACAAGGCCAAGUUGACUACAUGGGAGAAGAUUCUUAUGAAAACAUCAAGAAGAAGCUGGACUCUUAUCUGGAAUAGGAGUAGACUGUCUUGCACAAGGAAAUAAAGACUUUGUUCAAGAGCUGUUUGGCAUCUAGGACUGUUCAACUACACGGUUUACUAAACUGUUAGAAGCUUUCUUAAGCCUCAGUUGGUGGCUUCUUUCACUUAUGGGUGGGAAAUGUAAAUUAGGCAUCUUUUUGUUACAUGCCUAGUUCCACUAGAGUUUGAACUCAUUUUAAGGGAACUGCUUAGGACUCUUAUCUGCUUCAAAAGCUAAAUGUGAGAUGCACUUGACUGGUUUUACCAGGCAAAUGGCAACAAGGUAGAACUGCCCCUGCUCCCACUGUCUGUGGACUGCGUAAAAUGCCUUUCCAUCAAGGUAUUGACAUUCUUAUCCCAUUCCCUCUUAUCAUAUGUUUGCAUGUUAAAGCAGUUUCUGGUCCCAGAAAUUGUCAUUUGAUGUAAACUUGAGUGCACCUUAAACUGGGAAUGAUUCCUGUCCAGCUCUGUACCCCAGAGGACUAAUGUAAUGCUUCCUUCAACCCAACUGUAAUGUGGCACUUCAAAUAAACUGGUAAAGUUCA